AUGCCGGAGAGCUUCUUUCCAACGUCCUCCGAGUCCAUGAAGACGAUAGCGGCCAACAAGUUCAGCGGAUGUGCUACCAGCAGCCGGGGGUGGGCAUUCUUCAUGCACGAAUGGGCAACGUCCAAUCGACAACUCCGCCUGUCGUGGACGGACCACGCAAGUGGAUGCAACGAGAUCUAUUCGGGCGUUGCUCUAGUUCCCUACGAUACCUGGGUCCUCGUCGGCUUCAGCCUUUCCAAGGCGAAGAACAGGGCCAGCAUUGUCAUGAACGACCAGUUGGUUGUGGACACGCAGCGGGGGAUCGGGAACUACGUGCGUCAGGGGCGGAUGAUGCAAAUCCAGCAGGCUUCUCUCGCUGACCGCGUGCUGUCAGACAGCAAAAAGCUCUUGCUGGGAGCACACGUUCUCGCGCGACCUGAAGAGAUUGCUCAAGCGCACGGUUUCAUCGGUUUCAUGGGCGACGUGCGUAUCUUCCGUGCUUCUCCUGAUGGCAGCACGCUGGCCGGCGGCUCGAAAAGGAUUUCGGGUAAAUGGCGGGUGAUUUCUCCCCACAAGUACUGGGACGAGCCCGUCCGAAAUCCCGGAAUCCUGGAAGGCCUCGGAGGUCAGAGCCGCGAUGCAGUUCACCUGGAAAGGCUACAGGACUCCGGGCUGGGCUGGGAACUUCAGGUGCUUGAGAUUGCACCUCGCCAGAUGGACAAGGCGUGGGGCCAUGACGAGGUGAUGCCCGCCUCUGGUCGGAUCAAGGCUCCAAGUGUUUGCGGGCAUGGGUUUCUGAUCUGCGCUGGCGUGAUGGGAGGUGUCCUUAGGAAUCGUGGCGCGAGAGCCAUCACCAUGCUGGACGGUUUGUCCACUCUUUGGAUCAUGGGCCUGGACGAAGAGUUCAAUGAUGCUGUUGCGUACUUGGAGCGGGCCAACCUUCCCACGGCAGACAAGCAUGGGCAGCACAGCCUCUUCGAGAUCAACAUUCGGGCCUUUGCAGGCUUGCUCUCGGCGUAUUCGCUCAGCGGCAAGCAGGUUUUUCUCGACACGGCGAAGAGAUUAGGGGAGAAGCUGCUGAAGGCCUUUGACACGCCCAGCGGUAUGCCGUUGUCGACGAUUGACAUCGGAACGGGUGAAGCCGGGUCACAUUCUUGGAACCAGAACGCCGUGCUCGCCGAAAUUACGACAUUGCAGGUCGAGUUUCGGUUUAUCACCCAAGUCACCGGUGAUCGUCGGUGGCAAGGCGCAGCUGACAAGGCCAUGGACGUCGUGCUCAAAGCCGCAGGCAACCGAGGACUUCUGGCCUGCGAGGGGUUCAGUUCAUCGAGGGCAACAUCCCGGCUUCUGUUCAGGGCAACUCUUCGGGGACGUUUCGGCAGUACUCCGUGGUUCAUGGUGUUGUGGUCACAAUUGCCUCGCAUCUCAAAGCCAGCAUUAAGCGCGGCAGCCAAGGAGAUAUCGGAGAAUGUCUGGCACAUUGCCGGUGCGGUCCUGACGGCUAUCCUCAAGAUAUGCUCGUUGAUAGCAGUUGGUAUGCACCUGGAGCGCAAGAAGCUACUGAAUGGAGAGAAGCGAAAGUGCUUGUCAGCACUGGCCAUGGAUGUUUGUCUACCUUGCCUUUUGUUCACCGACGUCUUGCCCGAGGCCGACUUCUCCUUGCUCUUGGAAGGCUGGCAGCUCCUUCUGUGGCCUUUUGCCUACGCCUCGGUGACCUGCCCGCAUCUGCAGUGCGAAGAGUUUAUGUUAGCGCUUUGCUCGGGAUGCUUUGCUGCCUGGCCAUCGGCAUCCCUUCGCAACACUUGGGGGCUGCAGCAGCUGCUGGGCCUUACUUAUGGCACAAUCGGCUUGCUUCUGGGAUCGUAG